AUGCAUGCUUUCGACGGUCGACCAUCAGUUGCAAUGAUUGGUUUAAGUGAAGGUUAUUACUUUUCAAUACCAUCUAGUUUAUCAAGAAGUAAACAGAAACAAGAAUUAGUCAAAGCUUUACCAUUGGAUCAUAUUCUAGUGGAAACUGAUGCACCUAUUAUGAAUUCAUCUUCAACACAAAGUCGAAACGAACCAGAUGAAGCAAUCAAAGUUUGUGAACACAUUGCAGAAAUCAAGGGGAUCGAUGUUGAAACUGUUUGUCAUAUGACAACUGAGAAUGCAUUCAAACUCUAUGGAUCAUUGAAUGUAAAAUGUUGA